AUGGACGCGUCGGACCCGGGACGCGUGCGCUUAGCCGCCGGCGCCGUUGGCUCGACGCUCGCGGAGCUCUCGACGCUGCCCAUGGACUUUGCCAAGGUCCAGCUGCAGACCGCCGGCCAAGGCAAGUCGUUGGGCCUGCUGACGACGCUACGCGACGCCGUGACCCGUGAUGGCCCCCGUGUGCUCUGGCGCGGCGCCGUGCCGGCCGUGACGCGCCAAGUGGCGUACUACAGCGUCUCGAUGGGGCUCUACACGCCGCUUCGCGACUGGCAGGGCCCUGCCCAGACCGGCUAUGCCGAUAAGAUCUUGGCCGGCGGCAUAGCUGGCGCGAUCGGAAUCAGCAUGGCGAAUCCGUACGCACCAUUUAAGCGGACGGCGCAGGCCGACCGCACGUCCCAUGGAAACGCGCGGUACACGGGUAUGCUGGACGCCGGGCGCGCGCUGUUUGCACAGGAAGGUGCCCGGGGCUUCUUCCGCGGUGUUGUGCCCAAUAUGCAGCGCUGCUUCAUCGUCAACGGCAUGGAAUUUGGCACGUACGACCAGUGCAAGUCGUAUCUUGUCGAAUCUGGCGUCUCGGGUCUCGGGGCCACCGUGGGUGCGAGUCUUGUGGCAGGGUUCGCGGGUGCCCUCGCCUCGAGCCCUUUGGAUGUGGUCAAGACGACGCUCAUGUCCCAACCGCCCGAUCGCCGCCGGUCGCUCGGCGUCCUUCAGUGUGCGCAGACCAUUGCGCGCACCCAGGGCCUCCGCGCGUUCUACAAGGGCUUUGUGCCCUACUGGCUGCGCGAGGCGCCGUGGUGCUGCAUUUUCUUCCUUACGUUUGAAGCGACGCGCUCGGCCUUGCUCCGUCCUAGUUCAUAG